AUGUAUUUAAAGCCAGAGCUAAUCAAAUCCCGCGGUUUCGGUAGUACUGCCCAUACAGUAGUUACCGAUGACGGCUAUAUACUGACAUUAUUUCGUAUGAUUAAACCACAAUUGACUACUACUACUACUACCGGUGCUGAUGAUGGCAUAGUACGACCAUCUAGAGGACCGGUAUUGUUAUGGCACGGUAUAUCAUUUUCAUCGGAUAUUUUUCUGGUAUCAAAUCGGGGACAGUUGGCCAGUAAUGGCCAGUAUAGUGAACGUAACGGUACGUUAGUCAACGAUUGUCAGUUAACGGUAACAUCCAAUCUGGCGUUCACAUUGUCCGCAUGCGGUUAUGAUGUCUGGUUAGGCAAUACCCGCGGCAAUCAAUACUCGGAUAAAUAUAUCGAUAAUAGUAUUAAAAACUAUUGGAACUAUACGUUUACCGAACUGGGCAUGUAUGAUCUGAAAAAUUCAAUCGACUAUAUUAGAAAGUUUACGGGAAAAUCUUCGGUAGCCUAUGUCGGCCAUUCAAUGGGUACGACAUCAAUGUUAGUACUACUAUCACUUGAACCCGAUUAUCAUCAAUACGUGAAACCAGUUAUACUGAUGGCACCCAUAGCCUACUUGAGCCAUACGAAAAGCCUGAGCCGAUUGUUUGCACCGUUUAGCUAUAUAAAUGUGACCAAUACUAUUGGCUUUAUAGGCGAACCCAGGCCUAGGAUGCAAUACUAUGGCCAAUAUAUCUGUACUAAUCCACUGUUUAGUGAUUUAUGUAAACAAAUGAAUUUUUUCUACAAUGGCUACGAUCCGGAUUCAGUGGGACCGGAUGACGUACCCAUAACUGUUGCCAAAUCCCUACAGUAUAUGUCCGUCCAAUUACCCCAACAGUACGGCCAGUUUAUACUGUCGGAUAGAUUUCAACGAUUAGAUCUGGGAUCGACAGGUAAUUGGGAAAGGUAUGGCCAACUGAUGCCACCCGACUACCCCAUUGAACUGAUACGUUCAACCUAUUUGGUUUUGAUGACCGGACCAAAUGAUUUGUACGCAACGCCAGUUGAUGUGAAAAAACUUACCGACAAAUUGACGGUAAAACCAUUGGACGACUAUCUAGUACCCAAUGAUUAUUAUAACCAUGCUGAUUUUACUAAUUCAAUAGAUAAUUAUAAGCUAAUAAAUCCACGUAUAUUGAUGUGGCUUAAAAUGCUUGAUGUUUAG